UUUUAGCAACAACUGGUAAAUGGAAUGUAAUUGUUGUUGACUGGGCCCCUUUGUCUCACUUUAUUUAUGUCGAGACUAGACUUCACGGUUACGUUGUGGCAAAACAGGUGAAAAAGUUCGUCCAGUUUUUGGAAAGGAUAAAAACUUAUGCGUUGUCGAAUAUUCAUAUUAUCGGUCACAGUAUGGGCGCCCAUAUUGCAGCUAAAAUCGGCCACGAUGUCCAAGAAGACGAUAAUAAUUGUAAAGUAGGGAGGAUUACAGGUGAAAGACUAUUAUUUUUAAUCUGAAACUCAAAUUUUUAAUUUAUUCCUCAUUGGUAAUUUAAUAGACAAAAUAAUAGGAUAAGACUUUUACGGCUGCUUCUAAUAACGAUUUUUCUUUUGGUCAAAUACUCUUCCAUUGCAAAUGUUCUUCAAUACAAACUGCUUAACGCUAACUAAUGAUCAGCUAUUUGGUUCAUUAUUGAUAUUCAGCAACCUCCAAAGGUCCAAACAUUAUUUGACUUGUUUACAUAUCGCUGCUAAAAAUCUUAGAGAUAUUAAAAAUACAUUUAGGAUUGGAUCCAGCUGCGCCUUUGUACGAAUGGCCUCAUAUCGAGUCAUUAGAUGAAGUAUUGGAUCCUACGGAUGCAUCUUUCGUCGACGUGAUCCAUACAAACGGGGGAUAUGUUGGUAUGAUUACCCCAGCAGGUCAUGUUGAUUAUUAUCCUGAUGGUGGUGAGAAACAGUGGGGAUGUUACCUGUUAAGUUGUAGCCAUAUGAGAGCUUGCGAUUUAUUUAUAGCUUCCGUUAGAAAACCUGAUUUGUUCAAAGCGUAUUCGUAUGAAUCGUGGUUGAAAUAUAUGAAUAACACGUCGCCUUAUUUGGAAGCUUAUCCUAUGGGUAUAGCAGCUUCUCCAGAAAUUCCGAACGGGAUAUAUUUUCUGGAAGUGUACGAUACUUACAAGCCAUACGUAUUCAGUGAAACUACGAUAAAAGAUAGUUUUGAUGGAUAUUUUGAACAGAUGUUAGAACAUUUAAUUGGUUGAAACAAUAAUCAGUAAUUUUUUAUGUACAAAAUGUUUUUAAAAAUCAAAUAAAUCAUUAAUAAAAAA